AUGACAUUUAUCGGAAAAGCGAUACAUAUAUCCAUUGAUCUUGCAUUAGUUUCAACAUGUCUUGCGGGAAUGAAGAGAAAUACGGGGCUCACGUUCAAGACAGAAUCUAUCGAGAACGAGACUGCAAGAGUAUACACUAGGAAAUAUCUCAAUAUAGGUGAGUCACUCUAUGAUAGUGCGGUAGCUUCAUGUGGAUCUUCUAAAUAUUUCGUUCGCAAAUAG